AUGGACGGGGCACAGCAGGGUGCGCAGCAGCAACAGCCCACGCAGCAACCAGCUCCACCGGCGCAGCCAGCCCAUCCAGCGCCCGCUUCAAACGCAGAUGCGCACAAGCAGCAGCACGUCCAACAAAUCCGCUCGUUCUUGCCAUCCGCGUCGCUCGCAGCAGCAGAGAAGUCGCUCUUUCCCAACUCGAUGCCCGUCCGCCAGCUUCCCGGCAUCCACUCGUUCGCUCCCUCGCCCGCCAACUCGAGCCCGGCUGGAGGAGCUGCCUCGCCCGCUGGACCUGCAAGCGCAGGCAAGGCGGGGUCGCCUGUGGGUAGUGCUGGAGGAGCUGGCACACCGCUGGGACUGAGCGCGGGACAGGCUAGAGGAGCGGGCGGCGAGCAGAAGCGGUUUGGCGCUGGGAGCGUCUCGCCGUACGGUGCCAUGCCGUCCCGUUCGCCCAACCUCGCGCCCGCCAGCUCCGCCGCGCCAAACACCCACACGACGCCAACUCCGCCCAUCAUCCCCGGUCCAGCAAGCGGUCUCUCUCCUCCUCUCGCCGCAUCCUCCUCCGGUCCCGCCCAGCGUCCCUUGCCGAGCCUCACCUCGCCUCUCCCGCCAGCAGCAACAGCGACGCCGGGGUCGGCCACUUCCCCUCCGCCCCCACACCAACCCGGCCCGCCUACGUCGUCUGCUGGCCAGACGGCAGGACGAACAACGGGAAAUCCCAUGUCUGUGUCGUCGAUGCUGUCCGGCCCGCCGCGCGACAGGCCCCUCUCGGCUUACUCGCCUCUGACGAGUGCGGGAGGAGCGUCAGCAGGGGGUCGAGCUGGGUCGCCUCCUCAGCCGCCAGUCUUGCCGCCUACUUCGACGGCGAGCGACGGGCUGCAGAAGAGCCCGCAGAUGCAGCGGCAGCAGGGCGCACCGCCGGCGACUCAGCCCGGAACGACUCUGCCAGCCUACGUCGCUUCGUCCGUUUCGAACCCCGCACCUCCGACAAAAGCAGCAGUCGAGCCAAUUUCUACUUCAGCACUAGGCGCAGCUCGCUCGUCGUACCCGCCUCUCCCCUCCGCCUUCGCGCGCGAAAACCCCUAUUCUCCUUCGACGACUUCUGGCGCGACGUCCGGUACCGCCACGCCUGCGAACGCAAAAGCCCACGUAGCAGGCCCGAACGUACAGAUCCCGCAGCAGCACCAGCGCGAUGCGGCGGCUGUCGAGGUCAAGAAGAGCCUGUUUCCGGCGCUCGGGCUGGGUGGAGCGGGGAUGUAUGGACGACCGGCUGUUCCUGGUGCUGGGGCGGGCGGACGGACGACGGGCGCAGCGGCGAGUGGAGCGGGACAAGGAGUGACGGGAUCGUCGGUCGGUGGACAACCGUAUCCGUGGCAGGCGCAAGCGGCGCAGCAGGCUCAACAGGUCCUCGCGGCUCAACAACAGCAGCAGGCGCAACAGGCUGGAGGGAGAAAGACGGCGAGUGGCAGACCUGGCGCGACGACUUCGGUUAGUGCGCCGGCUGCGCCGACUGUUGGAGCUGGGCGAGGAGGAACGGCUGCGGCCGGCAUCAAGGGCGUGGCGGCGGGCAAGGCGCCUCAGCCGCAUCAGCAUCAGCAACAGCAGCAGCAGCAGCGCUACCCUCCUCCGCAUGCUCUCGACCCUUACGGCGGCGCUCGAAACGUCCAACAGCCGCCCUCGUCCGCCGCUCCGACUGCUCCGCACGCUCCGCCCGCCGCACCCGGAAUUAACGGCCAUGCGACGAAGCGCCGACGAAGCGACGCCUCGGAACAACAGCAAGCGACUGCCCCUCCCGCGCGCCGGCAGAAGAGCGUCACGCCUCCUCCGCUGGCGCCGCCUCUCUUCACACACAUCGAGGCGCGGAAAGCGAUGAUCCAUCCGCCUGUUGUCGAGGUCCUGAAUGGAGCGGUGGACGAGUGGGCGAAGAGUGCGGUGAACGAGAUGGACGGGGAGAGGAGGUUCCUUGGACGUGUUGCGUACGAUGCGCUCGUCUCGCCGGCGAAGUUGCUCGAUGGUGGUGUUCUUGCACAAGGGGUGGGAGGCUACGUCGAGGUUGUCGUGCCGACUACCUGGAUUCUCGGUCCGCAUCGACUUUCCGCGCCUUCGACCGUCGACCCGCCCAUUCAGUCGUCUUGCUCCGUCCCGCCUAUCGACCUCCACUCCGUCGUCUUCGACGUCGGUCCUCCCUCGGCCUACAAUGGCGAACCCCUCCCCUUCACGCUCUCCACCACCCCGCUCAUCCUCCCCUCCCACCUCGCCGACCUCCCCUCGAUCCGCAAGCGCGAAGUCUGGGGCACAGAUGUUUACACCGACGACUCGGACGUGCUCGCGAUGCUGCUGCAUUCGGGCUGGGUGAGGGUGACGAGGCGCGAGCGGCGCGUCAAAGCUGGAGAGAAGGGCGCAGGGGCGGAUGCGAUUCGACGCGCGAGGAUCCCAGGCGAAGAAAGGAUCGUCCUUCCCCCGACGGAUGGGGAGGAGAAGGACAUCCCGAAAGCGUUGUGUGUCAAGUUGGGUGUGGUGCCGGCGCUAGUAAGGUACGAGGGGAUCGAGAGACAGGGGAUUCGAAGCAGGAGUUGGGGGAAUGGGCAUGAUGGCGUGAGCCUGCGGAUUGAGGAGGUCAAGCUGCUUGAUGACGUCCCGCCCGAACCCGUCCUUCGCACUCGGAAAACUCGCGCCGCCCUGUGCGCCCACCAAUGUGCCGAACUCUACCAUGACGACGUCCCGCACCACGACUACAACCACGCGCCCGCCAUCCCACCCGCAAAGCGAUACCGCUUCCCUGCCGACCCUCCCGCACUCGUCAACGGGGAUGGCCCAGCAGCCGACCGAGGCGACUUGCUCGUCAGCGACACGUUCGUCAUCGAUGCGCUGUCGGGCCGAGGGACCUUUGUUGGCCUGAACAAGGAGGAUGAGCGAGUAACGGGGUUUGAGCGGGUGCAGGACGAGGGGAGGAUGGAGGUUGAGGCUGCUGCUUGA